GCCCCAAGUCAUCGACCUGGCAUUGACGGCGAAGGUUCGGUCCGCCAAGUUCGCAGGCGUGGGCCACGGGGCUUUCCCGGGCACGUCUGCUCGCGAGAAGGCCAUGGCGGCGGAGGCGGCGGAUCGAGUGGUAGCAUCGGGAAGCAUGGCGACCACUGCCGCGAUCACCCGCGACUUCAGUCGGAAGAGCUCGCCCGGCAAGAAGACCCAUCGUCGUCGCCUCGUAACGUGUUUGACGAAGAUAGCGAGCAACGUCGUGGGCUACGUGUGGGCUCGACGGAGCUUGGGAGGCUUCGCGGGAUCUACCUUCGCGUCGCGGCGUGCGCGCGCCUUCGUCAACGCGGUGGAGUGGGCGAAGUGGGCGCACAGCAGCGCCGAGGAGACGGUGGGGACGGUGGAGGGCCUCAGGGAGGUGUACGAGCAGUUGGUGGAGAUGCACGAGUCGAGGGUGCUGGAGCCGUUGUACAUGUCCGUUGGCAUCAUGUUCGUCAUUGGAGGGGGGGGGGCCGUGGGGCGCGAGAUGAUCGGGCAGCUGAGCGCAGUCGCGGACCGGCUGGCAGCGCUGGAGACCAAGAGCGCGGCUUCGCCAUUAGCGGUGCCGACGGCGGUGGAUUAUCCGAGCAAGCCGUUAGGAUCUCUCAGUGGCAGCGUGGAGGUCGGCGAGGGUUCUCAGCGCGACCAGAUGAUGACUCGCCUCAUCGACCGCUCGGGCCGCCACAUGGAGAUCGCGCAGAGCGACAGCUUGGCGGCGCCAGCAGGAUCACCGACGGCAGUGCCCGAGGCGUCGGUCCAGCAUCCCGAAGUGGAGGCCCUGAUGCGAGGCUUGGACGACUCAUUCAAGGACAUGCGUGCGAUGGCCAAGGAGAAAUUGACCGCGUUCUCCCCAAGCGUGAGCUGGGCGAUCCCAGGCGGCAUCAAGACAGGGGUCGCUCCCUCGAUGGUGGCGAGGCCGCGCAGGAACGGGUGGACCGCCGCGUCGGCCAUCUGCGAGAUGAUUCGCCUCAAGCAGCUGGACGACAACCACGCGGCGGAAGAGAUGUCGCUGAUCGGCGCGGUGAUCGAGAAGUCCAUAAUCGAGGCGACAGCGGACUGGAUCAACUACAAGACGACCGAGCUCGCCAUGCGGAGGAUGCACGGGAUCGAGCGGGCGUUCGAGAACGCGAAGCAGAGGAGCGACUGGAAGCCCCCACAUGGCACCAAGCAGGGGUGGAAGUCGAGAGUCAAAUGCGCCGUGCUGGAGGAACUCGACGCAAGCAAAAAUAUCACGAGGGCCUGCUCAUCGACGGGGUGGAGAAGAGAGAGGCUGGACCACCGCGCCUCGCUGGUAAAGUCACUCGAAAAGCUGAACGACCACAAGAACGCGGCCCCCAGCGCGGCCUGGGCCGCGGCCCCAGGCGUCGCCGCUGCCCUGGCGGUGAGCGCCGCGGUGGGCGCGCCCGCGGCCUGCGCGGGCUUGCGGCUGGCGGGCGGCUGGUUGGCGGCGGUGGGGUUCGCAGCGGCGGUGGCGACCGAGCGGUUGUCCAUGCUGACGAACGGGUCACCCGCGCCGGCGGUUUGCCCCUCGGCGGAGGCGGCGGCCGCGGUGCUGCUGGAGAGGCCCCCCUCGGCAGCCGAGGCCGCGGGCCCCUCUGAGGCGGCGCCGCCGCCGCCAGUGGCCAGCCCAGUCGUAGAAUUUGAGCAAGGCGCAGGCAUGCUCCUGGCCUGGAGCGCGGCGAUCUCGGAGCUCAUCGCGGCG